AUGUUAAGUAAAUGUGCUGCAUCUAUAUCGAAAACGUUUAACAGCUCAAUUAAUUUAAAAUUAGCUCGUUUGCUGCAGACUGAUCACGCUAGUCAUAUAAAUAAUCCGGGAAGUGAACCCUUAACCAUCGCCACAUUUGGAGAUGUCAUAGCAGAAACUGCGCACAAAUACCCUGGAAGAAUAGCCAUCAAAUCUAUUCAUGAAGAUGUCUCUAUUACUUAUGAGGAACUUAUGAAUAAGGCUGAUUCUUUGGGAUGUGCACUCAGGGCUAAUGGGUUUGAAAAAGGUGAUAGAUUAGGAAUUUGGGCUCACAAUUGCUCCGGUUGGAUAAUUUCUGCACUCGCUGCUGCGAGAGCUGGGCUUAUAUCGGUUUUUAUCAAUCCACUAUACGAAAAAGACGAAUUGAGCUUUUGCAUCAACAAAAUACAAAUAAAAGGCUUAGUGGUCGGUGAAAAUUUAAAAAAUAGAGAUUACUAUGGAUUAUUAAACAAAAUGUUACCAGAGCUACAAUCUUCUAAAGAAGGAUCGUUACAAUCAAAAAUAUUUCCCAGUCUGAGACAUAUCAUAACAACUGGAAAAGAUAAACUAAAUGGAACCACGACAUUGGAGUCUUUUAUAAAUAAUUACAAAAAUAAUAGUGAAAUAACAAAAUAUAGCAAUGAAGUGAAACCGGAGGAUGGAAGUUUUGUUCUUAUGACAUCGGGGACAACGGGUAAACCAAAAGGCGCUCUGGAUUCACACAUAGGGGUAGUAAAUAACACUUACUUCAGUGGAAAAAGGCUUUGCUUGCAGGAAGAACAUCAAAUAAUAUGCUUACAGGCACCAAUGUUCCACGCUCUGGGGUCUGUCGUAACCCUCUUAGCGGGCCUGCGCCACGGCUCUACGAUAGUGGUUGCAGCACCAAUGUACAGUGUCACCGCAAACGUACACGCACUGUGCUCUGAGAAAUGCACAGUGAUAACGGGGACACCGACUAUGUACAUAGACAUGCUGUCGCACUUCCGUAGCAAGUUGCCAACGCGUUUACGAAUGGCAUUGACAGCAGGUGCACCAUGCAGUCCCCAUCUUAUUCGACAAAUGAAAGAAAAUCUUAAUGUGAUGAAUGUUGGGGCGCUGUAUGGUCUUACAGAAACUACGGCGAGUGUGUUUCAGUCGAUGCCGGAUGAUAGUGUCGACUUGGUGGCAGAAACCGUUGGCAGCGUAACUGAUCACAUUGAAGUGAAGGUGGUUGACGAUGUAGGUGAGACAGUACCUUUUGGGUCCCCAGGCGAAUUGAUGGUGCGUGGUUACUGUAAUAUGUUGUAUUACUGGGAUGAGCCAGAAAGGACGAUGGAAACGCUGCGAGAAGACGGAUGGUUACAUACAGGAGACAUGUUUCAAAUAUCCCCAGAGGGAUAUGGAAAAAUUGUGGGUCGAAUAAAGGAUAUUAUCGUCCGUGGCGGAGAGAACAUUGCCCCUAAAGAAAUAGAAGACUUUCUGAACUCACAUCCUGAUAUAAUUGAUAGCCAGGUAGUUGGAGUACCCGAUGACAGGUUAGGAGAAGAGCUCUGUGCAGUAGUCAGAGUUAGGGAAAAUGCCACGUUUACUCUUCAAAACAUGGCAAAUCACUGCAGCGGGAAACUGGCUAGAUUUAAAAUUCCUAAAAUACUGAAAACUGUUGAGGAAUUUCCUAAAACAGCCUCCGGAAAAGUACAAAAAUAUAAACUAAAGGAAUUAAUUGUAUCUGGAAAGCUA